UUGUAAACCAGCUUUCUUUUCUACGUACGGUCCUAUGGCUGUAGUUUGUAGAAAGAGCUGGGGGCUGGACGGUCACAUGAGCCGUGUGUGGAGCUCGGACACCAGGGGGCCCUCUGGCUAGUGGUAUGGUCCGAGUCUACGAUUGUUGUAGUAUUGCUAUGGGAGCUCGGGCUGGAGAGGUGAAGAUUUCUAGACUCAUGUUCUCAUUGAAGUCGAUAUGUCACUGGAUCUCUCCAUAACUGGGCAGCGCACCACAUUGCCACCAAGAAAAAGUAGAAGUGCUUACAGAUUUAAAUCCUCUAACUCCUUUGUUGAUGAGACCCUGUUUGGCAGCUCUCUUGGAAAAGUAGACCCAGCACUUCAGUGGACCGUAGGGGCACCUGUCCAAGAAUCAUCAAGAUGUCCAGAAGAGAACAAGAAUACAGUGGGCAGUACCUCUGCUAGAGCUGCAUGCACUUCUGUAGGGACUCCUCGGAAGAAAUCACAGUUUAGGGUGAAGAGUCGCUCUGCUUCUUAUUGUGAUGAGUCUCUUUUUGGACCAAAGGUAGAAGACUGUGGCUGGGAAGCACCAUGGGUUAAAAAAGAAGAUUCAGUUCGGAUUCGUCCCCUUCUUUGGAGCCCACCUCCAAUAAUGCGGCCCCAGAGCUCCAAGACAAAUGCCAAUCGGAUUCCUGUUAGAGCCAUUCACCCUCCUAAUGAUAGAAACGGUGCUCUUGGGAUGCACAAAGGGAACUUUUGGAAGCCCCCAGAAAGUGACUCAGAUUCUGGUGGAUGUCCUUCAGUGGGUGAUCCGCCAGCUAGUGCCAAACCUUACUGGAACUCGCCUACAAAAGAAACUGCUCGAUCAGCAAGCUGCUCAGGAAGACUGACUGCAAGGAGAGGGUCUUUGACAGACAGACCACCAUGGAAGUAAUCUGAGCCUUCAAUGCAGAUACAGUCUACAGUUUGGUCGAUAUGGAUAGUGAAAACCGUGUGAGAGCUGUUUAUUAGAAAACUGGUGCUAUACACAACAACAAACCCAGUCCAAAGUGUAGUUGGAGGCUGGAACCGAGCAAAGUGGUCAAGACUUUGGAUAUGCUUAAACGAAAUGUACCUUCUGUCUACAAAAAUGACUACAAUAGAAUUGAAACAAUCAGCUGGAGGGACUGAAUGGUCAGGAUUUAAAAAAAUAAAAAUAGGAUUUGGCUGUAUACUACUUCUUACAUAGAUGUGAACAUCUUAAGUGUUAAAAACCUACAAUUGUGUCCUUUUACAGACUUGAAGAAACAUUGGUGCCUUGCACACCUGAUGACAACUCCUGUCUAUAUGUCAAAUAGCAUCAGAUAAAUCUUUAUUAAACUUUUUAUUAACCAUUUUUUACAAAACAACAAUAUUAACUUUCCCAGCAAUGACUGCUAAUUUCUGGUGUUAUAGAAGAUCUGCAGUGGUAAUAAACGUAUCCAGUUAAGUUUCUGAUCUUUGGGGGGUUCGACCGCUGGAACCCCCUGUUAUCUCCCGUUUUGUACCCAGCACGUCAGCUGGUCGAAACACAUCCCCUCAAUUCAUCUCUAUGGGAGAGAUAUACAAAUGCUGUGUCUCUGCCUCUCCCAUACAGAUGAAUGGAGGGGGGGGGGGGGCUGGAUCAGCUGACCUGUGUACCUGUCGUUAAAGGAGUACUCCGGUGCACACUUUUUUCAUUUUAUCCCGUCCGGGCUGCAAAAUAAAAGAAAACACACUUUAUCUUACCUGCCAACGAGCCCCCGGAGCUCCGGUACAGGUGUUGGGUCCCCGGGCUGUAUUCUUCUUACUUCCUGUUAGCCUGGCACGUUACAGAGCUUCAGCCUAUCACUGGCCACGUGUCCUCAGUGCGCAGGGUCCUGCAUGUCCUCAGUGCGCAGGGUCCUGCAUGUCCUCAGUGCGCAGGGUCCUGCAUGUCCUCAGUGCGCAGGGUCCUGCAUGUCCUCAGUGCGCAGGGCCCUGCAUGUCCUCAGUGCGCAGGGCCCUGCAUGUCCUCAGUGCGCAGGGCCCUGCAUGUCCUCAGUGCGCAGGGCCCUGCAUGUCCUCAGUGCGCAGGGUCCUGCAUGUCCUCAGUGCGCAGGGCCCUGCAUGUCCUCAGUGCGCAGGGCCCUGCAUGUCCUUCCACACUUUCUGUAUUUGUACUCCUUAGAGACACACAGGCAAUAGCUGUAGGGACAGGGACAAAAAUAUACAAAUUUUUUAACCAAUGUAUUUUACAAAUAUACAUAUAAUGGUUUUAUAUACAUUAUAUAAAAAGUUCUUGUUAACGGAAGGUACACUUUAAAGGACAUCUAUAGUGCAAAAUAACUUAUUCCCUAUCUGAAGGAUAGGGGAUAAGUUAUAGAUCGCGGGGGGGUCGGAGCGCUGGGGCCACCACGAUCUUCGGUACGGGGCCGCGGGAAUAUACAGAAAAAGGGGCGUUCUGUCCCCGCAUGAAUCCCAUAGAGAUACAUGGAGGGGGAGUGUCUGCCACGGCUUUCUGCUGGGGAUGAAACUUCACUUCCGGCAUACUGCCGCGGCCCUGUCCAGGAGAUCCUGGGGGCCCCAGCGCUCGGACCCCCCGUCAUCUGUAACUUAUACCCUAUCCUUUGGAUAGGGGAUAAGUUAUUUUGCGCUGGAGUACUCCUUUAAGGAAGCUAGACUCUAUUAACAGUACAAGGGCUGUCUUGAUAAAACAAUCUCUUUUGUCAAACUGCUGUCUGUGCCUUAUACUAUUGCUGUUGUGGAUGAGUGUGCUAUAAUUUAACUGUUAAAGGGGAACUCCGCUUUAAGACAUCUUGUCCCCUAUCCAAAGGAUAGGGGAUAAGAUGUCUGAUCGCGGGGGGCCUGCUGCUGGGGACCCCCACAAUCCCCCCCCGUAGCAGCCCCGUACCUCAGCAGCCCGGAGCUAACUUUUCUCCGAGGCUGAUGACGGGCGGUGCAGGGGACGGGGCAUUGUGACAUCACAGCCAAAAUAUAAUGUUAAUAAUCCCGUACGGUGAACGGCGUAAACGUAAAAAAUAAAAUAACGUCCACAAAUGCUGCUUUUUGUCACAUUUUAUUCCCCAAAAAAUUAUUAAAAAAUUCUCUUAAAGUUUUAUAUAUGCAAAUGUGGUAUCAAUAAAAAGUACAGAUGACGGCGCAAAAAAUUAGCCCUCAUACCGACCUAUAUACGGAAAAUUGAAAAGGUUAUAGGUGAUUAAAAUACAGCAAUUUUAGAUUAACUGAUUUUGUACAUAAAGUUUUAGAUUUUUUUUAAAGCGGUACAAAAAUAUAAAAGUAUCUAGCCAUGGGUAUCAUUUUAAUCGUAUUGACCCACAGAAUAAAGAACACAUGUCAUUUCUACCAUAAAGUGUACAGUGUGAAAACGAAACCCUCCAAAAUUUGCAAAAUUGUGGUUUUCAUUUAAAUUUCCUCCCUAAAAAAAUAUUCUUUUUGGGUUUGCCGUACAUUUUAUGGUAAAAUGAGAGGUUUCAUUACAAAGUACAAUUGGUCACGCAAAAAACAAGCCCUUAUAUGGGUCUGUAGAUGUAAAUAUAAAAAUGUUAUGGAUUUUAGAAGGCGAGGAGGAAAAUUCGAAAACGCAAAAAUAAAAUUGGCCUGGUCCUUAAGGGAUUAAAAAAUAAAAUCCCAUUAGCAAUGCAGGUCUGCUUCACCACCCAAGAGCAACCGCGCGCUUAAGAGGGUGAGCGGCAAUACAGUGGCUCUACGACUCAUGAGCUGAUGCAUGUUUAUUCCGAGGGGCGGUUAGUCUGGAGGGAACAGGCGGGUGAUGGGUGAGGGAAAACCCUUCCAUGGCAUCGUGGGUAGCUGAUGAUGAUUCGAGCUUAAGAUGGCCGCCUAAUGUUUCUCUAUGUGCUCGAAACGAACGCUACUAUUCAGGACUGCUGAACUUCUGGGUGACACAGCGGGAUG